AGAAAGUUUACAAAAGUUUGCUUAUUUCAGGUACACUUCAACUCAUUCAUGCUGGAUGUGCACAAGCGUAUCCACGCAGAGAAGCAGCUCAUGGCCAAGGUGCACGCGCACGACCAGGCGCGAUAUUUCGACCCCAGCGGCACAUACACGCUGCGCCAGCGCCCGCACGAUGCCGUGGCGCCCGUGGCAAGGCAAAUAAUUCAGUCUGCCUGGCUCAUCUGUUUUGACGAGUUCCAAGUUACGGACAUCGGCGACGCAAUGGUCCUCAAGCGACUGUUCACUGAACUCUUCGAGCUCGGGGCCGUGGUGGUGGCGACCAGUAACAGAGCGCCUGACGACCUCUACAAGAACGGCUUGCAACGCUCACAGUUCCUGCCCUUCAUUCCGCUCCUCAAAGCUCAUGCUAAUGUUAUAAACUUGGACUCGGGCAUCGAUUAUCGCACUCAUCAACAGUCCAGCGUUACUGUGUUUUUUGUCAAAACCGAAUGCGAUGCUGAGGCUGAAAUCAACAAAAUUUUCAAGAUUUUAUGUGCGUCAGAAACGGAUGUUGUGAGGCCGCGCACCUUCUCCUACAGCGGCCGUAAUCUAACCCUGCACAAAACCUGCGGACAAGUCGCCGACUGCUCCUUUGAUGAGCUCUGCACCCAGCCCCUCGCUGCUAUGGACUACCUGCAGCUGAGUCAGGUCUUCCACACCAUCAUCAUCCGCGACAUCCCUCGUCUCAAUCAAAACACUAAAGGACAGGCACGUCGGUUCAUCACGCUCAUCGAUACUCUGUACGAUAAUAAGGUGCGCGUUGUAUGCAGCAGCGACGUCCCUCACGAUCAAAUUUUUGAGCGCUGGUCUCCUGAAAUAAUCAACAAAGAAAACUUAACCCUUAUGGAUGAUUUGGGCCUCAAAGAGAAGGAAGCCGAAACUAAAAGCAUAAACAUUUUCACAGGAGAGGAGGAGAUGUUUGCUUGCGAUCGCACCGUCUCGAGACUCUCACAGAUGAUGACCAGCGAAUAUUGGCAUGCUUAUGACCAAGUUCAUAGGUGAUCCUCAGUCACUCUUAAAUCACCUAUUUGUCUAUCAACCAUUAAUUCCUUUCUCUACUAUUGGAUAGUUAAAUAAAUUUUCUGUUACGUCGGUGCUUGAAAUUAAUUGAAUUUAAUCUUUCGAGUACGUGCAAUUCAAAUUUUUAAGUACGUGCAAGGUGCAAUUCGUCGCACCUCAGUAGACAGUGGAUGAAUUAAUUACUAUGUUAGUUCAUUAGUCCCUCGUUAAUUUUCAGACUAUCAACUCGCAGAAUAUAAUGAAAUAGAAUUUUAACUCAUAAACACAAGUCGCAAGAUUAGCUUGAGACUAUACUUUACAGCAAUAGCUGGCGCCUUAUAUUGUACAUAAUUGUUAUUUAUUCGCCUUGUGUGAUGUAUUGACAUUGGACAUACGUAGCUCCAAUUACAUGAAAGACUUCAUUUGAAAAAAAAAUCAACCCCAUUCACGUUGAUUAUUCGCUUCUGCCAAAAUGCAUUAUUCUCGAGUAGCUUCAUGUUCGCUCAUCUUAAUGCUCUUAACGGCGUGAGAUUGGCUGAAUUAAUCAAGAUUGUAAUGCUUCCUCCUAAGUACAACGAACCGCCUUCAGUAAAAGUUUUAUGAUUUUGUAUUUAAGCCCAAAGUACUGGAGCCUGAAGACAAUGAUGGCAUUACGGACAAUGUUAAUUCCCACUAUACAUGCAUAAAAAAACAA